GGAGCUGUUCGUGUCAUAUAAGUGCUGGUCUGUUUUCAUUGAUCGCUGCUCUUGUGUACUGUGUGAGGAGCGUUUUAUAGAAGACACGAUGGAUGAAGAAUUAAAAUGCCCCGUUUGCGGCUCUCUUUUCAAGGAUCCUAUUCUUUUACCUUGCUCACACAAUGUGUGUUUGGCGUGUGCCCGAAAUAUCAUUGUACAGACCCCAGAAGGCGAAACACCUCCGCAAAACCGUGCCUCCGGGAACUCGGACUACGAUUAUUUGGAUAUGGACAAAAUGAGCAUGUAUAGUGAAACGGACAGCGGCUAUGGAUCAUACACGCCGUGCCUCAAGUCUCCAAAUGGGAUACGGGUGUUUCCUCCGACUCUGGUGCACCGCCACUGCUCCAUAACGUGUCCUCUCUGUCACCGUAGUGUCUCUCUGGAUGAGCGGGGACUGAGGGGCUUCCCACGUAACCGGCUACUGGAGGCGAUCGUGUCUCGUUAUCAGCAGAGCCGCUCUGCCAACGUGAAAUGUCAGCUGUGUGACCGCAACCCUGUCGAUGCCACUGUGAUGUGCGAACAGUGCGACGUGUUUUACUGCACACCAUGCCAGCAGCGAUGCCACCCUUCCCGUGGACCGCUGGCCAAACAUCGAUUACUGCCACCGACCCAAUCGCCCGCGGCUGGAAGCCAGCAGAUGCCCGCCGGCACCAUACGCAAACAAGGAACGUGUGCAGACCAUGACAUGGAGAACUUUAGCAUGUACUGCGUCAACUGCAAGACUCCAGUGUGUAUGAAGUGUCUUGAGGGUGGCAAGCACGGGAGUCAUGAUUUAAAACCUUUAGCUGCCAUGUGGAAACAGCACAAGUGUCAACUCUCCCAAGCUUUGAAUGGUGUGUCAGAUAAAGCCAAGGAUGCCAAGGAAUUCCUGAUGCAGUUGAAGAACAUGCUUCAGCAGAUACAGGAGAACGGGGUGGAGUUCGAGGCCUGCUUGGUGGCUCAGUGUGACGCCCUGAUUGAGGCUCUGACGAGGCAGAAAGCCAAGCUCCUCACCAAGGUCACCAAGGAGAGGGAGUACAAGCUCAAGGUGGUGCGUGACCAGAUCACACACUGCACUAUGAAGCUGCGUCAGACCACGGGAAUGAUGGAGUACUGUCUGGAGGUGAUCAAAGAGAACGACCCCAGUGGCUUCCUGCAGAUCUCAGAUGCGCUGAUCAAACGUGUGACGUCGUCUCAGGACCAGUGGGUCAAAGGGGCUUUGGAGCCCAAGGUGGGCCCUGAGUUUGACCUGACCCUGAACACAGACCCCCUGCUGCAGACCAUACUACAGCUGGACUUUGUCCAGAGCAAAGAUAUUCAGGAGACUCCAUUAUUGAAACAAAUGCAUGCAGGUGGAUUGAAAGAGACGGAGAGCGCAGGAGUGGAGUCUGCCACGGUGCCCCCGGCCCCCCUGCUGCAGCUGGAGAAGUGCUGCACCCGCAACAACAGUGCCACCCUGGCCUGGAGGGUCACUGUGCCCCCUAGCAACCCCAUCGAAGGCUACAUCCUGGAGCUCGACGACGGCAACGGGGGUCAAUACAGGGAGGUGUAUGUAGGGAAGGAGACCGUGUGCACUGUGGACGGCCUCCACUUCAACAGCUCCUACAAUGCCAGAGUCAAGGCCUACAACUCCACCGGGGUGGGGCCCUAUAGCAAGACUGUGGUGCUGAAGACAUCUGAUGUGGCCUGGUUCACCUUCGACCCCACCUCGGCUCACAGGGACAUCAUGUUGACCAAUGAGAACCGUACAGUGAGCUGCAACAGCUACGAUGACCGUGUGGUCCUGGGGACAGCCGCUUUCUCCAAGGGGGUCCAUUACUGGGAGCUCAGGGUGGAUCGCUAUGACAACCACCCGGACCCUGCGUUCGGGGUGGCGAGGAUCAACACGAUGAAGGACAUGAUGCUGGGGAAGGAUGAUAAGGCCUGGGCCAUGUACGUGGACAACAACCGUAGCUGGUUCAUGCACAACAACUCCCACACCAACAGGGCCGAGGGGGGAAUCUCUAAGGGAGCCACUGUGGGCAUCCUGCUGGAUCUGAACAAGUACACUCUAACGUUCUUCAUCAACAAAGAGCAGCAUGGCCCCGUGGCCUUUGAGAACCUGGAGGGAGUCUUCAUGCCUGCUGUCAGCAUCAACAGAAAUGUCCAGGUCACCCUACUAACAGGAAUGGAGGUGCCAAAGAAUAUUAAGCAGCAGUAGCCUCCCAAGGUGUCUAGGCACAGUCCCACCAAUGUUAACAUGGAUUCCUCCUGCUCCACCCCCCCCCCUUAGUUCUACUAUAUAUCUUAUGCUGUUCAAUGCCUAUGAUCAAAUAUCACCCUUAGAGGGAAUCUUAUAUACAAGGGACUUUUGUACAUCAAUUAUAUUGUUUUUUAUAAUUUUCCAAGUCUUAAUUUAAUCUCAAUCCGUACAAUCAGAUUCUGUGUUUACAGUCAAAAUGCCACCGGGUGCUUUAAUUAAGUGCAUCUCUGAAACAAAAUCCCAUACUAGGGUAGAGUCAUGAGAUGCCCUACAGUACAAUGUCUCUACUGUAUUCAUCUUCUUCUCUCAGGUUAGUUCAUAGAGAGUUUGUAUACUCCUAUUUCUUUAGAGGAAACGGAACGUCAGCCUAUCUAACUCAUAAAUAGAGAUUAAUAGAUUUUCUCAGACAUAUUAUUGGUGAUAUACUGUAUUGUCUUUUCAACUUUACAAAGCCUUGCCAGAGCUGGAGUAAAUUCAGUUUCAAUUCUGGUCAAUUGAAAAUGACGUAUUGGGGAUUUUAUACCCUAUAAAUUCCAUAUCAUGAAAAUGAAAUGGAAUUCACCCCAGCCUCACUUUCAAUAAGAGAGUAAAGGUGGUCAGAUCAGUAUAAAGAACAAAUCAGUAUAAGGGACAAAUCAGAGGACAAACUGUAUCUUAUCAAACACAAAAUUCUGUCGCUAGAGGACAAAACUUGGGUCGAAGUGAAGCCAAACCACUGUGACAUUGAGAUGUAACAUUGCCAUGUGUAUGUUGUCAAACUAUCUACAUACAGCAGAUAGUAUCUUCUUUCAAAGUAUUUGUUGUUUAAUGCAUUGACUUUUACUACACUAUUGAAAUAUUUAUUAAGAGGGUGUAUGCUCAUGUGAUGUUUGAAUGAACAGGUAUUGUUAAAGGUAUUUUAAAUCAGUUAAAAGUAUUGUAUUGACAGACCACCAGAGGGUCAAGUUUGCAUGAUAUGUAAGGAAACUGUAAAUACGACUGUCUCCCAAGCAUGUAUUCUAAGCUAACUAGUUAACUUAAAACUCUAUCUGUAUAUAGUAAAACAAUGCACAACAGUGCUAUACGGAAGCCUUUCAAACAACCUAUUACAGUACAAUAACAGUUUGCCCCCUAGAGUUUGAGUUAGCAUUACAGCAUCAGAUUAAUUUCACCACAGUAUAUCGUUUAUCUUUAUGUGACAUGUUAAAUCAUUUUAUGGGGCUAAAGCAUAUUAACAUGCCAUGUCAGAUGACAAAAUGAAUGAAGAGGGUUAAGCAGUGCAUUUGUGAUUUGUCAGAGGGAAUCUUUAUGGAAUUGUAGAUACUAGGCGGGCUUAUUAUCCCACAUUUAGAUUUGACCAUGUCCUCAUUAUGUUUGAGUUCACGUACAGGUAUAUCAUAAAUCUGCAUUAGAUGCAGUUAGGAGUUUUGUAUUAUAUUCUUUAAUUAUAAUUUUGUGAACAUCUUGAUCUCUUUCUGCUACUAAAAGUGUUGCUUCAAAGUAAUGUGCCCUUAAUCCAAAAUGGUAAUAUGUUUUUGGAUUAAGGAUACCAAAGCUAUUGCCAUUAGAAGAACAUUCUGCUCAGAGUCUGUGUUGAAGCACUGUGGUACACUAUUGGUGAAAAUGAUUUGUACUGCUUUCGCAAUAUUUUCUCUUUGUAAAAACACCAAAUAUAGUACUGGCAUUUUUUAAUAGUCUUUAAAUCUAAUAUUGGGGUUAUUUAGCUGUGUUAAUGGUGUUUUCUGAACAGAACCAUUGCCUUGUACAUUAAACAUGUUGAUAUGAUGUAGAGCAGACUGUCUGAUGGAACUAAAGUAUGUCCAUAGCUAAAACGUGGAGGUGACCAUUCCCAGGGUAAAUAAAAUGGAUGGGAAAUGUACAUGAAAUGUUGACAGCUGUUAGGCUGGACUGAUCAUUGGCUAGAGCCAUUUUGUAUUCCAGCAUGUAUUGAGUUAUUGGACCCCAUUUUGGGUUAAGUGGACCCCAUUUUGAGUUAAGUGUCUCCAAGUGAAUGUUGUCAAUUACAGAACCGUCCCUUUUAUGAAGACAUUCAUAUAAAACGGAAUUAGUGCUUGUGACGGCAACUACAGUAUAGGGAAGUGUGAGGUGUAACGAAACCCCAAAGGCAAACAAAAUGGGGUCCAUGUAGCCUCUCAGCAAUCACUAUGGAAAUGGCACAAAAAAAACACUGCAGUUGCAGACCAUAAUAUCAAAAGAACCUUAGUAGUAAAUGCAGAUAGUAGUUUAUCCUCUCUAAGUGUUGUAUAUUAGUGUGUUUGGCAUGGGUUUCCCCUCCCCAACAUGGUAGCCUGCUUCUGAAUGUGAACCCCCAAAAAAGAACCAAAAAAUGGUGCUAGAAAGUCACUACUGUCAGAUUACGUUUGCAUUUGAAUCUUUUUAUUUUUCCCAUGUUUACUGUACCCACCCUGACUAUGGCAUGUGGGGGGAGGAGAUGUUGCAGUGUCUGUGGGGCAUCUCUCUUCUAAAGGCAGGCACGCAUCUCAUGCCCUGGGGUGCCUGUUGCCCUCACUGCCACACUACCAGAGAACUAGGCCGGGUGCACCACCAAACCUCAUGGGGAAUGUCAACUGGUCCUUUAGGACACUGUGGCAUCUAUGUCCACAGUAUGUGUCCACAAAAAGCUGUGCUUCUUUUUCUAGAAUUCUGUUCAUGUGUAUGUUCUUUAGUUCUCAUCUCUCCUACAAUGUAAACGUUUUGUACUUCUAAGUGGUUUGUAUAUGAAAUGCGUUGUACUUGGCAUUGUUUUCAUAUUAUACAGUGUAAAAGAAAAGCAAAAAGCAAUGUAUUUUUUUUCCUUUUUUAAAAUUAAUAAAUMAGUAACUGUGAUGGGAUAUGAA